AUGGUCUAUUCGAUCGAAAAUACUUCAGUUCAUAACUACAACUUAACCAACGAUGACCAUUUAUAUGCAAAUUUCAAAUUCGGAUUACGAGCCUACAAUCCCAACAAGAGAAUUUCCAUAUAUUACGACAACAUUGAAGUAAAACUCUUCUUUAUCUCUCAACCAAUUUCUUCUAAUAAUGUUGAACCAUUUUUUCAGCCUCGUAGAAAUGUGACACGUUUGGAUCUUUCACUUCCGGCGAAAGACGCGGUACUUUACGACGAGAUUGCUCAUGAUUUUAAGACAGAAAGAAGUGCUGGAGCAGUGGAAGUUGAGGUGAAAAUUAGGGCAAAAAUAAGGUUUAAAGUUGGAGUUUGGAAAUCAG